AAUCAGUCAGAAAUUUGAUCUCAAACAGAAAACAACAAAAAAAAAUAAUAUAAUAAAAAUAUAAAAAAAAAAAUUCAAAAUGGAUCCAGUGCAGAGGGAAAAAGAGUUGGUUAAAGUGCUAAUGCCAAAGACCAGGAUGCUUGUAAGCACCAGCAGAGCAGACUAUGUGGACCAUACCGGAAAGGCUGUUUACAAUCCCCCCAUCCGAAAAAGUCAGGAAGACCCCUCCUUAAUAACUGGCCACCAUUCCGCAAAUCUAAAGGUUUCUGGAGUGGAAAUGAUUACGAAAACAUGGCCCCAAGCAAUGGACUGGCGCGAGGACUACGCACAAUUCAUCAAGCGCAACAAAUGGUGCAACGAGGAGAUCUACAAGCUGUUUUUUCUGUGUCCACCCGUAGAUUAUAAUCUUCUUAAGAACUUUUUUAAGGAUCUGCGCAAGUCAGUUUAUAUGUACGACUACUCGCGAAACGACUUCGUUUCUUUUGUGAGUCGAAGACGAUUAAAAAGCGGAAAAUACUUAUCCUCUGAGGAUGGAGAUUAUCAGACUACUUAUGGCUGCUAUUAUAAUCGCUUGCAGGAAACGGAGCCAUUUAAGAGCUCCUUAUAUGCGGAACAUGCAACUAAGAAUCUAACGCUAGAUCGGAUUGCUAUCGAGUUGCGCAAACUGUUCACAAAGUACAAUAUGACCACCUAUUUUGACACUAUUUGCGUCCCAGCUUUGAUGAAAGCUAAGAAUGGCAUAAUGCCUUCGUCACCAAUUGAUCGGUACCAAUUUCGCAAGUACUAACAAGGAUUGCU